AUGGAGAAAUACACAAAGGUACGCGUCCUUGGUAAAGGAAGCUUCGGUAGUGCCAUUCUCAUCAAGCGGAGAAGCGAUAAUGCACUCUUCGUCAUCAAGGAGGUAUUCCUUGGGAAGUUGAACGAAAAGGAGCGAACGGAGGCUCGACAGGAGUGCCGUAUGCUCCAGAAACUCAACCACCCUAACAUUGUUCGCUACGUGGAGCAUUUCGAGAACCGAAAUAACCUGUAUAUUGUGAUGGAGUAUUGCGAUGAUGGAGACCUACACGGUAAAAUAAAGCGCGGCCCCAUGAACGAGAGCAGAAUAUUGUAUUACUAUUCCCAAGUCUGCCUGGCCAUGGAGUACUUGCAUUCCCGGCACAUUCUCCACCGGGACAUCAAAACCAUGAAUGUAUUUCUUAUGAAAAACGGGUCCGUGAAGUUGGGUGACUUUGGGAUUGCCACAGUGUUGCGAAACACAAUGGGUAUGGCAAGCACUGUUUGUGGCACCCCGUACUACUUUUCACCGGAAAUCUGCAAGAACAAACCGUACAACAAUAAAUCUGAUGUGUGGGCACUCGGCGUGCUUCUCUACGAGCUGGCCACAGGUCGGCACCCUUUCGACGGGAACAGCAUGCAACAGCUCAUGCAACGCAUAGUGAGGGGGACGUACAAUCCUCUGCCAUCGCAUUUUUCACGCGAAUUCCGUAAGAUGGUCGACUGGUGCCUCCAGAAGGACCCGGCACGGCGGCCAAGUAUUAGACAGAUGCUCGCCUUUCCGAUUGUGCAGCGGUCGCUUGAGCGGUUAGAAGAGGAUCUCAUGCUAGCCACGCAGUGUAGGAUACGUCUCAAAGACAUAAUUGAGUACGAUGCUGCAGCGGAAAACAUUCCGUGCUGUGAGCCCGUUACUCCACGCCCACAGGAGACUCCUCGGGGGGAGCAACGCCACCGUCAGGAGCCCCACCCGCCUGAGAUGUCACCGGGUAAAAUGGCAGCCAUGGCCCUAGCAGGACAGCACAAUCGCCAACAACAGCAACAGGCACCAGAGUGUUUUGUGCGACAGCAACAUGUUUCUCCACGGGCGGCGAUGGCUGCUGGACCACCAGCUGUUGAUCCAGCUGCGCAGAGGCAUGCAGACCAUGCCGGUCUACUUGCUCCGAAACCUAACGCGGCGCAUGCGGCGGCAGAUCAUGGCAGGUUAGAAAUCUUUCGGCGGGAGGCUCCACCGCAGUGCAAGCGUCCGCUAGCUGAUAUCAAGCAGGCUUUACCCUUUUCCCCAUAUCAAAGGCCCCAUUUUCAGCAGGUUCCGUGCCAACCCCAGUAUGUGGCAAACCCUUACAAACAGCUGAUGCAGCAGCACUUUCAACAACUACAGGAAAAACAGCGGCAGCCACAUCAACCGCAGCCGGACGCGCAGCGCCAGAUGCAAAAAAAUAACGAAGCGAAACGAGGCCCCGACUGCAAACAGGGUGAAGGGUUUGAGGACAGGAUCAAACGUAUCAAUGCUAUCGUAGAGCGUUAUGCCAAGGAUGUGGAUCCUAAGACGCUCAACACCAUUCAUGCCUAUAUGAAGCGCAAGCAGGAGGAAUACCUGCAGCGACAGAAGGAACAGAAAGAGAGGUUGGAGCGGCGAAGGCAACUUAGAAAGCAAGAGCUUUUGAAGGUGAUUGAACAGCAAAAUAGGAUAGCGCGGGGUGAAAAAGUACGUAAGGGCGUGGAGCAGAAGCAACACGCACAGAAACCUGUUGCGGAAAUGAAGCCCCUUAACCCAGGUCAACCCGCGGUGGGCGACAGAAAUGCGUACCCAUCACCAUACAAAGUUUUACAAUCGCCACCUCGCGGUGCCCAGUACCCACAGCAGCAGAAUCCAGUGUUCGGUCGUGAUCCCCGUUGUGUUAGAGCCGCCCCUAAGGAAUCUAACCCAGUUUCUGGAGGGCGAAAUGGAAACGCUAUUGCAUCACCUUAUUGUCCCAAUUAUCACAAUGCGGCCCUACGUGAAGCUCUGAAGGGGCCAGCGCCACCAGUGGAUUCCCCUGGAAUUCCAGAUAACCAAAGGGUGCGGCAAUUGUAUCAGCAACCAGGGAUGCAACCAAGGGGCGAUGGCGACUCGGCUGCACGCGGUGUUGCUGCCUCUCCUCGAGUUGUUGUGUACAGAGAUGUUGUUAACCUGAACGAUAACCCAAGACGUGCGGAACCUUCUCAGCUGAAUGCUGGGCAGCUUGAACCAAAGCCGCAGAAGGGUAAGCGAACCGCAGAUCCAUCGGUUCACCGACAUCCUCUUGGGAGACCAAAGGAGCCGUGUCCACUGGUAAUACCGACAGCAGACCAGGUCUUCCAAAAACAGCAACCGCUGCGGCGGCAGUUAAAACAACAGCCCCUAACAAACAUAGUUUCUGCCCCGCUUCUCCCCACCCCGCGUGCUGAGAGCCCAGUUGCAAAGGCUAUAGUCAACCACCACGACAUAAAAAAACUGGGUUCUGCGGAAGGGGAUUUGCGGUCGCCGUUUGCGAACGGUACGCUGGGUCGUCGUAAUAGUGCCCCAUCAAUUUCCCCAUCGAUGGAGGUAACGCCUUCUAAGAAUUCACCCUUAAACGAGAAGGAAGCUGCCGUCAAUAAAUGUCAUGUUAGGCCAACCACGGCAUCAGGCUUUGUCGCGGAAGGUGCGUCGGCUACCAAGGAUUUACCCGCUCUGAGGGUGACUUCACCAUUUUCGCGUUUAAACCUCGAAGACCUGCCGGCUGAUGUGAAGGUGCGACGUGAGCUUCAACAGCAGGCAAAACAACAUGCCCUUUUGUCACAACUAAAGGGGGAUUUCAAUUUGCAUCCGGCAAAGAGAAAUGAUGUGGUUUGCGGUCGGUCUAAGAGCUGCGCACCAGAGUUCGUCAACGCCAGGCAUAAAGGGGGUUCGCCUAUUUUGUAUCGAAGAAAAGAUGGCUUCCUCCCGUCCAACCAGCGCGGCGGUUGUUCCAAGAGCCAAGAAAUAAAUGGGGACGACGAUAGUUCAAAGAAUGAAAUCGGUCAGCCGAUGCUUCUGGCACCACUUCAGUGUCGUGCGGGUGUGGCAGCUCAAGGACAGUGCCUGUCCCCCGCUGUUUUCUCGAUGCCCGUUAGCCCGUCUGCAGCACCACAUGGCCAGAGGAGGCAAACGUUUCAGCGUGGUGGGGCCAGCCGGAACAAUCAUGUGCCUCAGGCUACACCUCCUGAUGCCGCACCGUCUAUGGUUGUUGCAAAAAUAAAUCCGAAGGUGCACCAACCGGCCCCCACGCGUGAGAAAAAGCCAGACAACGGCCGUUCUCCUGCCUUCGAAGAAUCCAUUCACACACCCAUCCUAGUUGACAUAUGCUAUGGCGUUGCCCCAACGAGCGAGGAGGCCUUGAACAAGAAAGCGGCCUUCGAAGGUGAUAGCACUCCAGUGCUUCCAUCAAUCAAUGAUGUAACUGCCGAUCCACCUGAUGUGGCGCAGCAGUGGCGAAAUUUUGUGGAUAAAAAUGCAAACGGGAAAGCUCCAUAUCGCGCUCUGUGCUCACACUUAGUGGGUAUGGGAUUUCACAAUAACAUGAAGCUUCCCGGACACGCGGAUGAGAUGGCUGUUUUUCAGAAGGUUGAUGGGCCACGACCCUGUAUCCCAAGUACCCUUGAGGUUCUUGUCGGUACUAGCGUGUCGAAAAAGCAUUCACCAGUGACGUCAAGCAGUGGAAGUGACACAACUGCUUUUGAUGCAGAAACAAGAGGAAGGGAGCGCUGCUCGGAUGAGCUUCCAUCCCUAACUAGUAUUCCGUGUAUUAUUUCACCAACUAGCGUCGCCUGUGCGGCUGGGGAAGGGUGCCAAAGCAAACCAUAUGGUUUACAGAAAGACUCAGAUGCGGAAGAGACGGGCGGUUUUAUAGGUUUGGAAGACGACCCGCGCGCCUCUCGUGAUGAUGAGGGUAGGCAGGGAAGCACCGGCUCUGUUCAGGUGCUCCCUGAGGCUUCGCUAGAUGGCUACCUCUCAAUGCUCGAUCAUCUGCGCGGUCUUCUUUAUAACAAUCCUUCACAGGCAAAAAAAGCGAGUGCAGGAAACAACAGUGACAAAAAAAAUGUUAAGGAACGGGAGCCAUCGCUACUGAGCGCAGAGGAAGUGAGGAACUUGGUGGAUAGAUGUGAGCGUCUUUCCCGCAGUGAAGCAACACGGGCCACGUCCCCAAACCAGGGAGCCAUUGGGGUGCACGUAGUUUCAUUAAAUUUCCCCACCUCGUCGGUGGAUGGGUGCGAGGAAAAUAAGGAAGGGGAGUCGCGGGACGACGAGUCCGACCUCGACGACGAAGAAGAUUUGGACGAAGCUAUUAUGGAAGUUAGUGAUGUGGAAUUUGGCGAUGAUGUACCGCUUACAGCACCUCAGAGUGCAGGAAUUAGCGAAGCAUAUCAAUGCGAUAUUGAGAAUGACGGAUUUCUUCCACGUGUUGUUAACGUGGAUUCCCAGGGAAACUGCAGCGAAGGUGGAAAUGAUGCCCGGACUGAGCGGCGCAAGGAGGAAAAGGAAACAGCCAUUGGUGGGGCUGCGUGA